UCCCACCAUAGAGAGAGAGAGAGAGAGAGAGAUAGAGGGAGAGAGAGAAAGCAUGGAUUCUAGAGCCAUGUUAGAGAAGCCACAUGCAGUGUGCAUACCAUUCCCAGUUCAAGGUCACAUUAAUCCCAUGCUAAAACUAGCAAAACUCCUCCAUAACAGAGGCUUCCACAUUACCUUUGUCAACACAGAGUUCAACCACAAACGCCUCCUCAAAUCCCGAGGCCCCGACUCGCUCAACGGCCUCCCCUCCUUCCGCUUUGAGGCCAUACCUGACGGCCUCCCAGAAUCCGACGCCGAUGCCACCCAAGAGAUUCCCUCCCUGUUGGAAGCCACCAGCAAACACUGCUUAGCUCCUUUUAAAGACCUUAUCUACAAACUCAAUAACACUGCUACAUCGAAUGUACCACAGGUCACUUGCAUUGUCUCUGAUGCGAUCAUGUGCUUCACACUCGCAGUUGCUGAAGAACUUGGCAUCCCCCAUGUUUUUUUCUGGUCAGCCGGUGCUUGUGGCUUCAUGGGCAUGCUCCAAUACCGGAAUCUUAUCGAAAAGGGUUUCUUACCAGUCAAAGACCCAAGUUCUAUCACAAAUGAGUAUUUGAAUACAGUUAUAGAUUGGAUACCCAGUAUGCAAGGUAUACGCUUGAAGGAUAUCCCAAGUAUUAUUCACAGCGUUAAUCUUAGUGAUUUUAUGAUUAAAUUUGCGUUGGAGAUAAAUGAGAAAACUCUCAAAUCUUCUGCAAUUAUUUUUAACACAUUCGAGAAAUUGGAACAUGAAGUUUUGUAUGCACUUUCAUCCACAUUUCCUCCAGUUUACACCAUUGGACCUUUACAAUUACUCCUGAAUCAGGUCAAGGAUGACAGUUUAAAGUCAAUAGGAUCAAAUCUCUGGAAAGAAGUUCCUGGGUGCCUAGAAUGGCUCAACUCCAAAGAACCUAACUCUGUUGUUUAUGUAAAUUAUGGAAGCAUCACUGUAAUGACAUCAAACCAGUUAAUUGAGUUUGCUUGGGGACUUGCUAAUAGUAACCAGACCUUUUUAUGGAUAGUAAGGCCUGAUCUUGUAGCCGGCGACUUGGCUAUUAUUCCACCAGAGUUUGUGAUAGAGACCAAAGAAAGAGGCCUACUUGCAAGUUGGUGUCCACAAGAGCAAGUUCUUGCCCAUCCGUCUAUUGGAGGGUUUUUAACUCACUGUGGGUGGAACUCAACUAUUGAAAGCAUUUCAAGCGGAGUGCCAAUGAUAUGUUGGCCAUAUUUCGGAGAUCAACAAACCAACUGUUGGUAUAGCUGCACUCAAUGGGGAAUUGGAGUAGAGAUGGACAAUGAUGUUAAGAGAGAUGUAGUUGAGAGGCUUGUGAGGGAGUUGAUGUAUGGACACAAGGGCAAGGAGAUGAAGAAAAGAGUCAUGGAGUGGAGGAAAAUAGCUGAAGAGGCCACUAUGAGUUCAUCCGCUUCGUCAUUCUUGAAUCUAGAGAAAAUGAUUAUGCAAGUGCUUCUCCCUCCUAGACGUUAGGAUAAUUAGAGACUAGUUCGCAAUAAAUGUCUUCUUUCUAUUUCAAUAUAUUGUUUUGAUUUGGGAUGUGUUGUUUGAGAAUUAUUGUUUGUUAUUGGCAUUGAGUUUAAAAAAAUUAUUGUAUGUGAUGAUUUAGCUCAUCAAGAUCAUAUAAGACAAAUGACAUUUUCGCCAUAUCUACCAUCGCCACUACAAUAUAAAAAUUGAAA